AUGCAAAAGAAAUUAUUAUAUGGUGAGGCUUCAGAUGAAAUAUGAAUCUACCAAGAAGAUCUGGAGUCAUCCAUCUUCUCAGAAGACUUUGGUAUCGCUAACAAUUUAGAUAAGUAACAUCUAUUCAGCGAACUUAUUAAAGAUAUGCUGAGCCAAAUUGAAAAUCAAGUAAAAAUUAUCAAUAACGAAAGCAAAAAUCUUGACAAUAAAGUCGCAGACUUAAAAGAAGAAAAGAAAAGCCUGAUACAACAAAUUUGUGAUGCAUCAAAAGAUAAAAAGUGGAAUAAAAACUCCAAUAAAGAAUCAGUAAAGCAAUGAGAUGAGCGAGCUGAUUUAAAAAGAAAAAUUUUUCUUGAAGACCAGAUAAUUAAAUAUAAAAUCGAUAAAGAAAAAAUUAUAUCAGAAUUAGAAAAUGUAGAAGAGUCUAUGCAAGAAAUAAAAUCCCAUAUGAGCCAAAGGGAUAAAGAAAUAAGAAAUCUUAGUAAAGAGCUUAGCAAGGUUCACCAUGAAGUAGAACGCUUGGUAUAUUUAAAUUCUAUCCUACCAAAAAGCUAUUACGAUACAAAUAGUCAGCCUUCACAGAGAAUUUUAUCUCAAGGAAGCUGCAGCAGUAGAAAAGAGUCAAUUAAUUCAGAAGAAAUUCGAGCAAGGCCAUCAAUGUCAACUGUGGAUGAGUCAAAGAGUAUGAUUAUUCAUGAUAAUCUAUAA